AUGCUAUUAUUGGAACGUUUGGUCUGUUGAUUGGUGGACAUUAUGACAAUAAAAUAAUUUAAACUCAGAUUAGUAUUACAAGUCCACUUAGGUAUUUGGUUAAGUAUAUUUCUUAAGCUGUAGCUGUGUAAUUAGCCUAAUAAUGUAUAACCAGACUGUCAUUUUCAAAAAUGUACCGCUUUAGGGUAAAAGUGUCCUUAUUGACCUUUAUUUUGUGCAAUUGACUUUCUGUUGAUCCCCUACUUGACAUUUUUCGAACCUAGUAAAGAACGGAUAAAAACGAUCAAAACAGCCUUGUUCAUAGAUUUGGAGAUUAGGGUUAUAGGCCACAAUAGUCUCAUCACUCUACCAUCUAAAAAAUAAAAUCAACCAGUAAGUAUUGCUAUCAACACAUCAAACACUGCUAAACUGCAGUCUUCAUGCACUAAGAAAGCGCUCUCACAUGACAGCCGUGGUUACCAAGACAGGAAGUCAGCAUUUUCAUGUGGGAGAAGAUAUGAAAUUAUAAAAAAAAAAUGGAGGAGUGCACAACAGCGUCACACUGCUGAAGGAAACAAAAGGAAGAGAACUCAGACAAGUGAAAGAGAAUGAGUGAAGUUCGAUAGAGCGAUAAGCAGAUGUGAAAAACAUUUGAAACUCCACAAAUCAGUAUGCGUUAAUUUAUCCUCAAGAUCUGGAUCGAGUCGGUCUAAAUCUAAAUUGAUAGUACGGGAAAAAAGAAAACAUGACAUUUCAGGAUCGCUUUUGAAAAUGAUGCUUUGAAAAUACUUUUACUUCAAGUACAUAGAAGGGCGAAUAACCUGCGAGUAUAGAGAUAAAGGACAUUUAAAGGUCAGAGAAGAGAAGUCUGACCGAAGAUUUGUAGCGAUGGCGAGUUGGACUUUGACGGUGAUUUUCCUCCUAAGUAUCUUUAUGGCAAGAAGUCAGACGAAAGGAGAUCAAGACAUUGCAUCUCGACAGAAUAAAGAUGCGAUUAAACAGCUGACAGAUUUCAAAGAGCGGACCUUUAUUCCAGGCAGCAAUGUGACUUUACAGUGUGGUAAUGUCACUGACAUCAAGUGGAAUGAACUUAUUUAUAUUGUGUGGAACAUCAGCCUGCAAGGGAGAAAAUGUUGGCUUGGUUUGGCACGCGAGCUGGACGACACAUGUAAAGAUGGAAAGAGGCUGUUAAACACCUCAGAUGGAGUUUAUUUAGUCAUUCCCAGGAUUUCAUCAGAAGAUGAAGGAUUUUAUUCUUGUGAUCUUUCAUAUAAAGCAGGAACCUAUGCUGUAAAUGUGUCUGUGAGCGUUGCCCAACUUUCCACCCAGCUGGACAGUGACAUUAAUCAAAGGACUGCUGUCUGUCGGGCCAACUACACACAAAAGACAGCACCCACUCUUCACUGGGAACCUGCCCUGAACUUUUCCUCCAAUGUCAGCUCUGUCGAGAAGCAUGGCAGGUUUUUUACUGUGGAGAGUCGAGUAUAUCUGCUGGACAAUGUCACCAUCAGUGAGCUCAGCUGUGUGGCCACAUACUCCUCCGAGUCCGGCUCGGUUCAGCACAAGAGCACACUUCAUCUUAAUCAAAAUCUAUCAAACAGAACACAAGAAAAUGACUUUUCUCCAUUGAUAAUUAUUGCCAUAUCAGUCGGAUCUCUUUGUUUUAUUCUUGUAUCUCUGGCCAUGGUUUACAUACUCAGCAGAAAGCUUAGCGACUUAAGUGCACUGAAGAAGCUUUGCUGCAAAUCCAAAAUCUCGACAGCAGCUGAAGACAAACCACCCCAGCCCGCCGAUGUUGAAGAGGUGGAACCCUAUGCAAGUUACAUACAGAGAGUCAACUCCAUCUACAACUCCUCAGCUGAGCUCUUCAACGCCUGAGACACACUCGCUUUUCAUGAUGAAUCAGGAUACCAGAAGAGAGCUGAGGGCAAAGCUAUGUCUGUGGUCAAAAUUACACAUGAAAAACAAUACUAGUGGAAAAAUAGUCAUCUCAAGAGAGCAUCCCCGAAGCAAACAGCGCCUGACUGAGAAGCAAAAGUCACACUGACUCAAAAGAUGAAAGGCGAUGACAAAGGAACGUUUCUCUAGUGUGUGAGCAGGAAUAACUGGGACAACUUCAGCGUCAGCGAUAUCACUAAUAUGUAGAUUUGUAGAAAACGGGCCUGGUUCGAUAUUAGUCAUCAGAACUAAUCAAAUUUGUACAUAAUUAUUUAUAUCAGAGUGUUAAAAGAAACAAAACCCAGCCGCAAACAAUGUUUUCCUUGAUAAAUACUAACAAUGUAGAGAACCUAUUGUACAUUGCACAUAAUUAGAAAUAUGUAAAUAAACUUUAUUAUUGUACUUUUCAGUA